GGGAGCGGUGAAUGCGCAUAUUGUUUGUGCGCUCAGGUGAUCUUCAGGGACUUCUGCUGUGGUCGUGGAAAACAUGGGCAAACUUCAGGAGUUUGAGAUCACAUUUGACAAAAACAAAGUGGUGUACACCCCGGGCGAGUCCAUCACUGGAACCGUGACAUUCAAACUGGACCAGGCGCUGCAGUGUAAAGCCGUCAAAGUAAACUGCAACGGUUUCUGUGGUGUCACCAGUAAGGUAAAUGACACGGCAUGGGCCGCAGAGGAACAGUACUUCAACAGCACCGUCUCUGUUGCAGAUAAAGGAACCCUGAAACAGGGAAAACAUACCUUUCCCUUUAAGUUUCUCAUACCAGAAACUGCUCCAACAUCUUUUGAAGGCAGCUAUGGUAGGAUCGUUUACAGAGUAAGAGCCUUUAUUGACACACCGCGGUUUCUCAAGGACUACAACACAGAGAAAGCUUUCUAUCUUCUACGCUUUCUAAACCUGAAUGAAGUGCCAGACAUAUGGGGAACCUGCUCAUCAGCAGUGAAGCAGCAGUUCACCUACAUGCUGGUGAAGACGGGCACAGUGGUCCUGAAGGCCCAGUCCGACAGGAAGGGUUACACCCCAGACCAGAUCAUCCAGGUGUUGGUCAACAUUCACAACCAGUCUGGGAAGACCACAGGCAACAUGGCAGCCAGCCUCAUGCAGAGAGUUACCUAUGAGACAAAGAGGCCCACCCAUGAUGUGAGGACGAUUGCAGAGGUGGAGGGUGGUGUGGUAAAGGCUGGAAAGGAGUUGGAGUGGAAAGAGCAGAUCAUUGUUCCGCCCCUCCCGCAGUCCUCCCUGGCUGGCUGUGAUCUUAUAAAGAUUGAAUAUUAUGUCAAAGUCAGUCUAAAGUCUCCAGACGUCAUGUUGGCAUUACCCAUCCACAUCGGGAACGUCUCACUAGAUGAGAAACUGCACCCUUCAAAACAAGCAGCUCCUUCCACCUCUCCAGCAUCUGAAAAUACACAAGCAUCUGCCUUUACCCCUAACAUCUCCCCCACUCUGCCCCCGCGCCCUGCCCCAAAACCUGCUCCCCGUCCCACCCCUCGUUCCAGGAUGUUCUCCCACAACUCCCCCAGUGCUCCUCCAGCUGAGUGCCACCAGGGAGCCGAGGUUGGCACUCAAUUGAACGAUGUCUUCUCCAACAAGAGGCAGUCUCAGGUGGUCUCACCCAAUGCUUUCAGCUAUGCUCCCGGCCUCUUUUUUGCCCAGAACCAGCAGCAUAAUGGGCCUGACACUGUACCCAGUGAGCCUAUGCCCAGUGGGUCAUCAGGAGCCCCAGCACCUUACCCCCUCGAGAACGGUCCCGGCUCUAUGGCAACACCACUCAUCCUGCCUCCAGAUUACAGCACCUCAUCAUAUCCCCAAGAAGCUCCUCCUUCUUAUGAUGACAGCUGUAACUCGUGAAGUGGAAGAAGAACCAGCGACCUCUCACCAGGAUGUCACUCUGAACGCUGGCCUGCCAUUCUAAGAGCUUGUAACUUACUUGGACAAGACAAGAAUGUUAAUGUUACCUGGUGGGAUGAGGUUCAUUCAGGUGCAGGUUUAAAGCUUUUCUAAAUGUAGGUGAAUCCGCAUUUUGAAUUGACCUGGACCUCUAAGGGCUUUGUGAACAAUUGCUUCGUUUAUCUACAGGGCGUGUUCUCUUUUUCAAACCUGCCUCAGUCAAUCAACUGUCGGCCCAUUUUUGUAUACUUUUGGCACUGAAUUUUAGUUGCACCUAUUACAGCAACAGGACUGUUUUUAGUAGGGGGUUAUUUAGUAAUCACUUAGAUGGCAUCAGAUGAUGUCAGUUUUUUUUUGUUGCAUAAAUAUAACUGUAUCUCAUCUCAAAUCUACAUCUUAAAGUCUGAUAUACCUUUUGUCAAAGUGAGAUGAGAAAAGUCAAGUAAGAAAUUAUGCUGUGGAUUUAUUAUUGGAAAUAGGGGAAAUCAUCUCUAUUCUUGAUUUGAGUAUUGAAGACUUUAUUAAACUUUUUUUAAAUGGCUGUGAUCAGUAGCUUUUAAUUUGAUGGUGAUAAUGAACAAUCCACAUAUUGCUCCAUAUAUUUUUGUACGAAUAUCAUGCAUGCCCUUGCUUGGAGAAUGAUGCUUGUGUAUUCUUUCCCUGCUGAAUGUACAUUGGCUCUGCAGAUGCUAGACGUUUUCUUAUUUUAGUAGUUAACAGAAAUGCAAUAUCACUUUUUUUUUGACAAUUCUUGUAUAAUUUGCAUCAUGUAAUUUAAUCAUAUUUAAAAAAAAUAGUUCAAGUUAAAUCCUUUUCACAUGCAGAAAAACACUUUAUUUAUUUACUGUUUUGAGUUUUUCUACUUCUGUCUGGAAUACAAUAAAUA